AUGGAUCCCAAACCCAUCACUCGAGAACCAUCGAACGAUGAAAGUAAAGAAACCAAAGAUGGAACCGAGGAGUUCCCUAGCACCGUUACUAUACCCAAUGAAGAUGUGGUUGUCAAACCAGAAGAUCCGAUAUUUGUUCAGCCCUUAGUACUCAGUCGAAUACAGAAGAUUAUGCUAGGCGGGACUAUAUCAGUGACGUACUUUAUGAUGUCCCUAUCUGUAGGAUCGGGAUUAUUGAUCAUACCAGUGAUGGCUGAUUACUACGAUAUUUCCGUAUUGGCGGUCCAAUGGGUGACUUCGGCUUAUCAGUUGGCUUAUGGCUGGUUUGUCGGUUUAUUGGUAUCAGGAAGACUAGCCGAUCUGUACGGUCGAAAGAAACUUUAUCUCCUGGGUAUGUUGAUCAGUACAAUAGCGAAUAUAAUUUCGGGCGUUAUACCAAAUCGAAUUGCUUUGACAAUUUUUCGAGCUAUCGCUGGAUUAGGUCUCUCGAUCUCGGCCCCAGCAGGAUUCGGUAUAAUAGGAAUAACGUUCCGUGAAGAACCCUCACGGACGAUGGCAUUCGCAGCUUUGGGUGUGGGUACUCCGCUAGGAGCUGUUGUGGGGGAGGUCGUGGGUGGGUUGAUAGCUGGUACAACGAGAAAAGGUUGGCAAUACCUUUAUUUCCUCAUAGCGGGAUUCGGUAUCCUACCUAUCAUCACGGGAAUAAUUUAUAUCCCUUCCGACGGUAAAAUCACUCCUCCUCGAGGUCAACUGACGGAUACACCUGACGAUACUGCUGGAAAGAUAGAGAAGAGUAGGAAGGUAGAUUGGAUAGGUGCAGGGUUGAUCACCGUCGGAUUGAGCUUGUUAUUGUUCUCUGUCACUCAAGCUGGACUGGUAGAUAAAGGGUGGAGAACACCUUAUAUAACACCUGUAUUUUCAAUAUCGGUGAUCCUCAUCAUCUUGUUUGGGAUUUGGGAAUAUCACCUUGAACAUCAUGGUACAGCUGCAAACGUACCUCCCAUCGUGAGGUUGAGUGUAUUUACGAGACAUAGAUGGAGAAUUACAGCUAUUUUGGGAAUAGCUUUCUUCGAUUGGAUGGGAGUUUGUGGAUGGGUAUACCUUACCAGUGUAUAUUAUCAAGAUCUCCUCGGAUACUCUCCCUUGAAAAAUGCAGUGUAUAUCUUACCUGCUCCGAUCACAGGUAUAAUCUGUUCUUACCUUGUGACUCUUGCUGCGCCUCGAAUCACAGCUCCGAUCUUACUAGCUCUAGGAGGGAUAUCUACAGGCCUGGCAAACGCUCUAUUCGCGUUCCAGCCUCCUCAUUCAAUGUACUGGGGACACAAGUUCUUCGGAGCUAUCCUACAGCCUUUCGGAGGUGAUCUAACUAUCCCCAUUGGCAGUGUCAUGAUCUCCAAUUUAGUUGAUGAUGACGAGCAAAGUAUAGCUGGUGCAUUGUUUCAAGUUGCUUUGCAAAUUGCAGGUACUUUAGAUCUAUGUCUAUCAUCAAUCGUCUUGACUCGGCUCCAAUUGAUGCAUGAUCUAUUGGAGGGUCUGCGAAUAUCAUUAUGGUUUAACGCGGCUUGUUGUUGGUUCGUGCUGGUUAUAAUCUUUUUGGCAUUUAGAAAAGUUGGAUUAGCCAAAGAUGUCGCAAAAGCUAUCUGA